UCUCGCGAUAUUUCCCCGCUGUUUUGCCCUUCAUGUGAAAUAAAAAUGGGUUACUGGGAUCUUGAAGAGGGGAAGGAUUGUCUUGAGAAAACAUGGAUCACCACUAAAUUGGGCACAGCCCUGGGGUUGGUGGGUUCAGCCUAUCACAUUGUGGCAUUCCAGCCCGAUACUGCAAUCCAGGCUGUUCUGAGAGCCACAAAUGCCACAGUCACUAUGGCUUCCUUGGGGGCCAUCUUUGGAAUGACCACUUGUCUAGCUGCUCAAGCCCGGGAUGCUCCUGAUGACCCAUUGAAUUACUUCCUUGGAGGCUGUGCUUCAGGAGUUUUUCUUGGAGCUCGUACUCACAGUGCAAUGACGGGCACAACAGCAUGUCUUGGACUUGGGACGCUUGCCAUGUUCACUAAGGUCGGCAAGGCAGAGGGCUGGAGAUUAACGGGGCCACCGAGGAUGUAAUCAACCCGAGGGGAAAGCAUCAUUUAAAUGUACAUUGUAUAUGAAAUAUUCCUUGAAUAAACUUGUGUUGAAGAGUC